AUGACAAAUUAUAUGAAAAAGUUCUUCAAUUUUUGCUUUGGGGAGAAUUUUGAAGCAAAACUUGAAGAAAAUGACAAAAAAGAAUUUUUAGAGGAGUUGAAAACUAUUUUUAAAGAAGAAGAAAAAGAGGAAUUUAAAAAGACAAAACAAUUUAUUUUAGACUUAUUGGGGUCUAACCCAGAUAUCAUGACAUUUGCUGAUAUUGAGAAAGAGAAGGUAGGAAGUUACCAAAACAUCACUAAAUUCAUGGAAGAUACAACACGACUACUUUUCUAUGUUGAAAUGGUCUAUUCUUUCUUUGAUCUGAAAUUUACAGAUUUACCUGUUUUUAUACAAGAGAAAAUUAAACUGUACAACACACUUAUAACACUCAAGGCGUGCGGACAAAUCAAAGUAAUCAAAACAUUGAAUGAACAGCAAAAUGUCAAUAAAGUGUAUAUUAACUAUAACAACAAUUUAAUACUCAAACUCCAAGGAAUCAUUAAUUCUUUAAAGCCGUUAUUGGAUAAGACACUCCAAAAUAAAUACGUUGAAACUGCUAUUAAAAAUUCAUUAAAUGAAGUUCUGGUGGAUCAAAGCAAUUUAGUGCUUUAUAAGAGUGAACUUCAAUUUGCCAAGAAAUUGUUGGAGACUUUGAAAUUAAAAGUCUCAGGAAGUCUGAAUGAUAAAAUUCAAUGCAAUUAUAUAGCAACUUUUCUAAGGUCACAAUACUUACAUCUUCAAGAAGUCAGAGACUUUGUUACAAAAAUAGACGCUUCAAUUUGCUCAGAAAAUUCAAUGGGAUUCUUACCAAACAUCAUGUCUAUUGUGUCUGCCAGUGUCCCUCUGAUUAAUCGCACACCCUCCACCGACGAAUCACUUUAUUUUGCACAAGGCGGUACAGAGAUUUUGACUCUUCUUUUAGGAAAAUUAUUGAUAUGA